ACUAACGGCAUAAUCUACAUGUGCGAGCCUCGAAGAUGGAUGCCACCGUUCGUAGGCAGGAGUCAUUAGCCUUCUAAGAAAUGAAAAAUCCUUCCUAAUUUAUGGUUGAGCGACACAUGGGAGGGACUGCAUUCUGUUUAUGUCAUCAACAAACUAAGUGUUUAGAAAUAUGACGUCUGCACCACUGCUGAGGCGGUCAUGGAGCAUAUAUGCGUCCCUAAGGUGUCGAGUGCCCUCCACUCGAAGGUCGCACUUGGUUAAUGCAUCGCGCAGUAUGAGUGCCGACCGACCAGAGAAUGUCAUGACAGUUUUUGAUAGAAAAGCAAAGCGAAUUCAAAAAGACAGGACAACAAUUUUACCUGAUUAUGAAGUUUACGAUUAUAUGAAAGAAGAGGUUGGCUAUAGACUCUUUGACAGAAUGUGUGAUGUAAAAAGAAAGUUUAAGUUGGCUAUAGAUCUGGGCUGUGGGAGAGGGUAUGUGUCCAGACACCUGCUAGCAGACAUGGUGGAAAAACUCUAUAUGUGUGACUCAUCAGAGAAGUUACUGGCACAAGCAGAAAUAUCAUCAGAAGUUCCAACCACAAAGAUGGUGGUGGAUGAAGAAUUUCUUCCAUUUGAACACAAAUCUGCAGACAUUGUAUUCAGCUCACUGAGUUUACAUUGGGUUAAUGAUCUUCCUGGUUGCUUUAAACAGGUAAACAGAAUAUUGAAGAAUGAUGGUGUGUUCCUUGGCUGUAUGUAUGGAGGAGACACGGCUUUUGAGCUCCGUGUUGCACUUCAACUGGCUGAGACAGAGAGAGAAGGGGGAUUUUCUCCACAUAUUUCCCCGUUUACCAGUGCCCAGGACCUUGGUAAUCUGUUGAACAGAGCUGGCUUCACCAUGCUAACACUGGAUACUGAUGAGUUCACGAUCAAGUACCCAUCUAUGUUUGAGCUGAUGAUGGACCUCAAAGGUAUGGGAGAAAACAACUGUUCAUGGUCACGUAGACCGUCGCUACACAGAGACACAAUGCAAGCUGCAGCAGCCAUUUAUCAGGAUAUGUAUGGGGAUGAGGAAGGUGUACCUGCCACAUUUCAGGUGCUAAACUUUAUAGGAUGGAAACCUGACCCCUCCCAGCCUAAACCAGUAGAGAGAGGCAGUCAGGACUUUUCAUUCAAGGAUCUUGACAGACUGAGUGAGCUGACGAAGGACAUUGAAAAGCUCAAGGACGAUACAAAGGUCACAGAUGACAAGGUCACGGGUGAUGAUAAAGGUGAUGGUAAAUCCUGAGGCACCGUCUGUGUAUAUAAUAAAGUGUUGGUAUUUAU